UUCCCCACUUUUCAAUAACAGAGAAUAGAAUCAGUAAAGAGAGAUCAGAGAGAGAGAUUGAGGAGGAAAAUGUUGCAUGUAAAUGGAGGAAUGGGAGACACCAGUUACGCCACCAACUCUUUACUUCAGCGAAAGGUAAUUUCGAUGACUUGGCCAAUUGCAAAGGAGGCCAUCACCGACUUCUUCUGCACCCACAACUUUCCGACAACCUUAACCAUGGUGGACUUAGGUUGUUCUUAUGGACAAAACACUCUCAUGUUUGUUUCCAAUCUCAUCAAACAAGUGGAGCAAAAUAUUCGUGAAGAAAGGCCUUUGGAGUAUCAAAUUUUCUUCAAUGACCUCUAUGGAAAUGACUUCAAUACCAUAUUUAGAUCGUUGCCGAGUUUCCUACAGCACUUGAAGACCCAAAUUGGACCUGAUUUUGGUCCAUGUUUCUUCAAUGGAGUGCCGGGUUCUUUCUAUGGCAGACUUUUUCCCGUUAAAAGUGUGCAUUUUUUUCAUUCUUCUUAUAGUCUUCAUUGGCUCUCCCAGGUUCCUGAAGGGAUAGAGAAUAACAAAGGGAAUAUUUUCAUGGGUAGUACAAGUCCGAGGAGUGUGCUUGAAGCUUAUUAUAGGCAAUUUCGAAAGGACUUUUCAAUGUUUUUGAGAUGUCGUGCCGAAGAAUUGGUCAUUGGUGGACGUAUGGUUCUAACAAUUGUGGGAAGAACGAGUGGAGAUCCAGCCAAUAAAGAAUGCAGUUAUGUUUGGGAGUUUUUUACUUUAGCUCUCAAUAGCAUGGUGGUUGAGGGAAUUGUGGAAGAGGAAAAAGUGAACUCAUUCAAUAUUCCAAACUACAUGCCAUCUCCUUUGGAAGUGAAAGUCGAAGUGUUAAAUGAAGGAAGUUUCACUAUUAACCGUUUAGAAGUUUCAAGAAUUGAUUGGAAUUUUCAGGACAAUGGUAUUGAAUCCAACACAUCAAGUAUGUUCAUGGACGAUUAUGGUUAUGACUUUGUGAAAUGUGUACGAUCUGUAGUUGAACCACUUAUUAUUCAUCACUUUGGAGAAGCUAUUAUGGAUGAACUAUUUUGUAGAUAUAGAAAAAUUGCUGCUGAUCACAUGUCAACAGAGAAGAUUGAGUUCGUCAACCUCACUAUCUCUUUGACAAAAAUAAAUUGAUGAAAACUAAGUGGUUUUUUUUCCUUAAAGAAUAGGUACUAUAUUUUUAUGUUAUGAAAAGAACAUUACAUGUCAUUGAAAGAUUGAAACGACGUUAUAUAUAUGUAUUGUCCAACUUUGUUCU